AUGAAAGACGCCAUGGGUUCAUCCACCUCCUGCAUACUCAACGGACCCUUGAACUUCGCUGCCAUCUCCUUCGACAUCGUCCUCAGCGACAUCAUUGCAGCCAUGCUGGCCACAUUGACAAGUCUGCUUUGUGGUUACUAUCCGUAUUUACCUAUCGAAAUCACCGAGAUCGCCGUCUACCUGAAGCAUUUACCCACUCCACUUGGCAUUAGCGCUAGCAUUAGUGCUAAAAAUUAA